AUGGAUAGAUUUGAAUACAUAGAGGCGCGUUUAUUCGAAGGUGAAGAUUACCUCAAACGUGACAAAAAUGUUAAGAUAUAUGAUGGUGAUGAUAAGACCCAGUAUACAGAUGGUGAAGUAGUGCUGACUACGCAUAGGAUUUUAUGGGGAAAACCAGGCGAUAUACCUAAAGGGCUUGUAUGUUUAUCACUUUAUUUAUAUUAUGUAUUCUGCAUAGAAGAAGAAAGUGGUGGAGUAUUUGGCCUUGGGGGACCUAAAAGAAUUAUAUUGCAUUUGGGACCUACACUUCCAGGUAAGAGACCAGGUCCAGCUGUUGUGAGCCCCUACCAUUUUAUCAAGUUUUCAUUUAAGGAUGGCAUUGAUCAAACUUUCUACAAGGCACUUAAUGACGCUGUUACUGCCAAAGCAUGGGAAAGACUAACUCCUGUUUUAUCACCUGUCAAUUCGGCCAGUGCACACUCAUUGUCCAAGCCAUCAGUACAACCUGUCAAUUCAAAAAUUCGUUCCGGAAUAGUAGGCAUUGAGAGAAGCAUAGAAGAGCAGCACAGGCAAACUGGUGAAAGCAUUACAGUAGCUUUCAAAGAUUUAAGAAAGUUGAUGGAGAAGGCCAAAGAUAUGGUGGCAAUUUCUAAGAAUAUUUCUACUAAAAUUAGGGAAAAGCAAGGUGAUAUUUCAGAAGAUGACACUGUAAGGUUUAAAGCCUACCUGAUGAGCUUAGGUAUAGAUGAUCCAGUUACUAGAGAUGCAUUUAGAUCCGAUUCUGACUAUUAUUUAGGUCUUGCGCAGCAAGUAUCGGAUAUGAUGGUUGCUGUUCUCAUGGAAUGUGGUGGAAUAAUGUCUUUAGCUGAUGUUUGGUGUAGAGUGAAUAGAGCCAGAGGUUUAGAGCUUAUAUCUCCUGAAGAUCUCAUGAAUGCUUGCAAAUUACUGCAGACUAUUGGAGCUCCAAUGUCUCUUAGAAAAUUUCCAAGUGGAGCUUGUGUCCUCCAACUCAGCAGUCACAGAGAUGAAGAAGUUGCUAAGAGCACUAGUGAACUGCUUGAAGAAAAUGGUCAUCUCACACCUGAGAAACUAUCACAAAUCGCAAAUGUGUCCGUCCUAUUAGCACGCGAGCGCUUGUACACUACUGAGCGCCUAGGCAUGGCAUGCAGAGACGAAUCUAUUGAAGGCCUCGCAUUCUACCCGAACCUAUUUCUAAGAGAAGCCUCUUAA